AUGGAUUAUGGAGAGAUUACCUUUUUUCUUUCUUGUAUAUAUGGAGAUCCGAUCAUCGAGGGGCGUAAUGAGGUGUGGGAAAGACUUAACCGAAUUGGAACUAAUCGCAAAGAACCGUGGUGCCUCAUUGGGGACUUCAAUGAGAUUCUAAAUAAUGAAGAGAAAUCAGGUGGUCCAAGACGGUCUGAGGCUUCUUUCUUGCCCUUUGCAGACAUGUUGAAGAAUUGUGGUAUGGAGGAACUGUCUAGUAGGGGCGACAAGCUGACUUGGGGUGGCAAAAGAUGGAAUAAAUGGAUUCAGUGCGCCUUAGACAGGAGCUUUGGAAAUGAAGAAUGGUUCAAGAUAUUUCCGGGCUCGAACCAAAUUUUUUUGGAGAAGCGCGGUUCUGAUCACAGACCUGUUUGGUUAAACUUCUAUGCUAACCAUGAGGCUUUCAAAGGUCAGUUCAGAUUUGAUAAGAAGUUCCUAAUCCAACAUGAUGUGAAGAAACAGAUUAGCAUAGCUUGGGCGAGGAACUGUAAUGGUCGACAUCAAUCAGUGUCUCAGAGAAUAAGAAAUUGUAGAAAUGCUCUCAGCCGGUGGAAGAGACAAUCUGUCUACAAUUCUCAAGACAAGAUUCGUUUGUUGCAAGAAAGACUAGAAUGGAUGCAAUCAAGAGAUUAUCCUUGUUUUUUCAUGAUUAAUAUCAUUAAGAAGGAUUUGAUUAAGGCCUAUAAGGAAGAGGAACUCUUUUGGAAACAAAAGAGCAGGGAUAAGUGGAUGAUUCAUGGGGACCGUUGCUCUAAAUUUUUCCACUCUUCGGUCAAAACAAGCAGAUCCAGAAACCUGAUUGAUAAGUUGAAGGACAAGAAUGGAAAGGAUCAAUGGUCGGAAGGCGCCAAAGCUGAAGUUGCUAUUGACUAUUUCUCGACUCUUUUCCGUUCUUCUAAUCCUCGGUCCUACACUCCAGUGCUGGAAAGUAUGGUUCCAAAAGUCUCUGAUUCGAUGAAUGACGUCCUCUCAAGAGACAUUUCUAAAGAGGAGGUUAGGGAAGCGAUCUUUUCAAUUGAUCCAGACAGUGCGCCUGGUCCUGACGGCAUGACUGGACUCUUCUUUCAACGGCAUUGGGAUCUUGUAGGAGAGCAGAUCACCAGUGAGAUACAAGAGGUCUUUCAGACGGUUUCUCUCCCUAGAGAUUGGAACUUCACAUACAUUUGCCUUCUUCCCAAAAUUAAUGACCCGGAGUUCAUGAAGGAUUUAAGGCCCAUCAGUUUAUGCUCUGUGUUGUACAAAUCCGUCUCAAAAAUUUUGGUAAGAAGGCUUCAACCUUUCUUACAGGACAUUAUCUCGUCCAAUCAAUCUGCUUUCGUUAGGGAUCGUCUCAUAUCUGAUAACAUAGUCAUAGCACACGAAGCGGUUCACGCCCUCAAAAGGCAUCAUCCAAUAUCUCAGGAGAUGAUGGCGGUGAAAACCGAUAUGUCGAAAGCAUACGAUCGUGUGGAAUGGAGUUAUCUUAGGAGUCUGAUGUUGGCACUGGGAUUUAGCUUGAAGUGGGUUGACUGGGUGAUGAUGUGUGUUACAUCAGUAUCCUUUGCGGUUCUUAUUAAUGAUCAACCAUUUGGGUUGAUAAAUCCACAGAGAGGAUUACGCCAAGGCGAUCCGUUGUCACCAUUUUUGUUUGUUCUCUGCACUGAGGGGCUUACGCAUCUACUUAAUGUGGCGGAGAGAAAUGGUUUGAUCAGUGGAAUGCAAUUUUCAGAGGAGGGUCCAACUAUUUCCCAUCUCUUGUUUGCUGACGACAGCUUGUUCCUUUGUAAAGCAUCAGUGAGCGAAGCUUCAGUGCUACAAAGAAUCCUCACUUUCUAUGGUGAGGCUACUGGGCAGACAAUUAACCGUGAGAAAUCUUCCAUUUCUUUUGGUGACAAGGUCGGUGAAGAAUCAAGAGCAGCAAUUCAACAUACUCUUGGUAUUUCCAAUCAAGGGGGAGCAAGCAAAUAUUUGGGCCUCCCAGAGUGUUUUUCGGGUUCGAAGGUUGAUCUAUUUUCUUAUCUGAAAGACAAAACUCAUGGGAAGCUUGACGUUUGGUAUUAUAAGCACCUCUCGCAGGCUGGGAAAGAGGACCAAGGUGGUCUUGGUUUCAGAGAUCUUGAAGCUUUCAAUCAAGCUAUGUUGGCCAAACAAGCGUGGAAAGUAUUAUCUCAACCGGAUUCGAUGCUUGCGAGAUUCCUGAAGAGUAGAUACUUUCCUGAUGGUGAAUUUUUGUCAGCUCCCUUAGGUCUUAGGCCGUCUUACGCUUGGCGUAGUUUGUUGCAUGGCAGAGAGCUUCUGACAAAAGGCAUUAUUCGCAGAGUGGGUAAUGGACAAAAGACUAGAGUAUGGAUUGAUAAAUGGAUUGAUGAUCCAGUGGAAGCGGAGCUAUGGAAGCUAGAGGAGAGGAAUGAAGGUGGACAGUGGAUGUCAAGUAUGUGGAGAUCAACUGAAUCUAUCAAUCACAUUUCUUCGAAUGUCCUCUUGCAAGACUCGUUUGGGCUAUCUCAGUUAUCUGCUGAGUUUGGAGAAGAAAGCAAGGUGGUGCCAAAUUCUUUUAGAGUUUGGCCAUGGAUCUUUAUGGUCAUUAUAGAAAGCGAGAAACGAGCUCUUGUUCAGAGGUUUUACUCCAAUUCCUUCAAAUGUUAUGUUGCGUGCCCAAUCAAGAUGACCGAUGAAUGCAGAAGAGCGUUCAGUAAUAUCCAAUCUAGGGAUCAGGCUAAGCUUGUGGUGAUUCUUUGGGCUUUGGAGAGUAUGGAGAGUCACAGAAUGUCCCAUAUCAUCAUCGCUGCUGGUGAAUUCUGUGAAAUGUUUGGAGCUGUUGAAAGACCACAAGCAUGGCCUUCCUUCCUUCACUUGCAGGUGAAAUAG